CUCUCACUCCAGCCCAGCAGAGAGGAGGAGGCGGGUCGCGUGUGCGCUCUUGUGAGUGUAUGAGCGGAGGAUGUUAAACCCUCUGGAAAGAAAAGGACGGCUGAUUAGUGAGAAGGGCUCGAAAAUGGAACCGCGGCGAGAUGGCGAGAAGAGGACGCCGCUCUGCCUGCUCUGGAUUGGAUAGAUUCAAAGAAAAAGCUUGUUGGGUGCAGAUGUUUGAGGAUUGAGAAGAUUCCUCGGCAUCUGUUUUUUGCGUCCGUGUGUGUGUGUGUGUCGCCAAGUUGAAACUAGAACUACACAGACCCUCUGAGGAUCUGAACCUGCCAUCUGGAGCUCAAAUCCUCGCCGGGGGAGGGGGGUGCAAAGGUUAAGGAAACGUUUGUGCGAGGAGGCGAAGGCGAAGACACGAUGACGGCGUUGCGUCUGAGCCGCUGAGACUCUCUGACCUCAGCUUCUCUGCGGGCCGACGCAAGCAUCCAGCCAUGCUGUGUGGUCUGAGGAGAGACACCAAGAACAGCAUUGAUGAGGGGCCGUACUCCAAGGGGAGCAAGGAGGCCGGGGCAGCUGACCAAUCGCGUCCGUCCUGCAGGCGCAGCUUCUCAGCGGAGGAGCACCGGGGAGUGACCACGGUGGACCUGAUGAAGAGGGAAGGCAGCAGCCUCGGCCUCACCAUCUCCGGAGGCUCCGACAAGGACGGAAAGCCCCGGGUGUCCAACCUGCGGGCCGGCGGGCUGGCCGCCAGGAGUGACCAGCUGAACGUAGGAGACUACAUCAAGUCGGUGAACGGCAUCAACCUGUCGAAGCUUCGCCACGAUGAGAUCAUCAGCCUGCUGAAGAACAUCGGGGAGCGGGUGGUGCUGGAGGUGGAGUACGAGCUGCCUCCGUUCGUCCAGAACCCCUCCGGCCUCUCCACCAAAACCAUAGAGGUGUGUUUACACAAGGAGGGAAACAGCUUCGGCUUCGUCAUGAGAGGAGGUUUCCACGAGGACUGGCGCCGGUCUCGUCCUCUGGUGGUGACGUACGUGCGGCCCGGAGGUCCGGCGGACAGAGAGGGAACUCUGAGGGCCGGAGACCGAGUGCUCAGCGUGGACGGGAUGCCUUUCAACAGGGAGAAGCACGCCGACGCUCUGACCGUGCUGAUGCAGAGCGGCCAGGAAGCUCUGCUCCUGAUCGAGUAUGACGUCUCCGUCAUGGACGCGGUGCAGCAGGCCUCGGGCCCCCUGCUGGUGGAGAUAGCGAAGGGCCCCUCGGCCGGCCUGGGGAUCAUCCUCACCACGGCAACGUACCGCAGCAAACAGGUCAUCAUCAUCGACAAGAUAAAAGCAGCCAGCGUGGUGGAAAGAUGUGGCGCUCUGCACGCGGGCGACAUCCUGCUGUCCAUCGACGGGACGAGCACGGAGCACUGCUCUCUGAUGGAGGCCACGCAGCUGCUCGCCAGCGCCUGCGACCUGGUGAGGCUGGAGAUCCUGCCGGCCAGCCAGGGCAGACUUCCCGCCAGGCCGCAGGACACGGUAAAAGUGCAGAAGAGCAACCAUCACCACUGGGACCAGGGCACCAACUACUGCCACCCCCCCCACGGCAGCCACGGCAAGACAUGGAGCAGCCCGAGCCACCCACACAACCAGCAGGACCACUGCAAGCCGGCGGCGGCGGCGGCGGGGGCGGCGAGCGGGGGCUUCUCCCCCUCCUCCACGGCCACCUCGGGCUUCAGCAGCCAGGGGAGCAGCACGCUGCCCUGCCCCGUCCCUCCGGUGGCCCCCACCAGCCCGCGGGGCUCCACGGCCAAGAGGAGGAACAGGAAGAAGGACCACAAGAGCUCACUGUCUCUGGUGUCCAGCUCUGUCGGCCCCGGGGGGCAGGUUUUCCACGUGGAGACGAGCGAGGUCUUCCUGAGGGGGGAUCCGCUCACGGGUUUCGGGAUCCAGCUGCAGGGGGGCGUCUUCGCCACGGAGACGCUGUCCGCUCCCCCGGUCAUCCGCUUCAUCGAGCCCGACAGCCCGGCUGAGAGUUGUGGGCUGCUGCAGGUUGGGGACAGACUUUUGUCCAUCAACGGGAUCCCCACUGAAGACGGCACUCUGGAAGAAGCCCACCAGCUGCUCCGGGACUCCGCUCUGGCCCACAAGGUCACAGUGGAGGUCGAGUUUGACGUUGCAGAGUCGGUGGUUCCCAGCAGCGGCACCUUCCACGUGAAGCUCCCCAAGAGGAGAGAGGUGGAGCUGGGCAUCACCAUCAGCGCAAGUAAGAAACCCGGCAAGCCGCUCAUCAUCUCUGACAUCCGCAAAGGGAGCAUAGCACACAGAACAGGCACUCUGGAGCCCGGCGACCGGCUGCUGGCCAUCGACAGCGUGCGCCUGGAGAACUGCACCAUGGAGGACGCCAUGCACUUCCUGCAGCAGGCCGAGGACAUGGUCAAACUCCGGAUCCAGAAGGACGAGGACAACAUCGAUGAGCUGGAGAUGUCGGGCUCCGUUAUCUACACGGUGGAGCUGAAGCGCUACAACGGACCUCUGGGCAUCACCAUCUCCGGCACGGAGGAGCCCUUCGACCCCAUCGUCAUUUCUGGCCUCACCAGAAAAGGCCUCGCAGAGAGGACCGGGGCCAUCCACAUAGGGGACCGAGUCCUGGCCAUCAACGGGGUCAGUCUGAAGGGAAAGCCGCUGAGCGAGGCCAUCCACCUGCUGCAGGUGGCCGGGGAGUCCGUCACCCUCAAGAUAAAGAAACGAGCCGACCAGUCGGACGGCCGGCGGCCCGCGGGCCGAGAGGGGGGCUUCUCAAGCGACCCGGACGACGACCUCGCCGACUCGCAGAAGACCGGCAGGCACCCGGCGGCGUACUCGGCCGCCGUGCCCAGCGUCGACUCCGCCGUGAGCUCCUGGGACAGCUCGGGGUUUGACGCGGGCUACGUCAGCCAAGGGGCGUAUCUCCACAAAGCGUCCGACGUGUUGUUCAACCCGAACGAUUGGCGACGCGCGAAUCCCAGGAGCCAAACCGGCGGCGGCGGUCUGGUCCACCGGGCGCCGCUGUACGACGGGAGAUUCAGCGAGGACGAGUGGGACAAGAUACCCGGAUUCGUCAGCCCCCCUCGUUGCCAUGGCACCCUGAACCAGGAAGACGGCUUCUGGUCCCAGGCUCUGCAGGACCUGGAGACCUGCGGCCAGUCGGAGAUCCUCAGGGAGCUGGAGGCGUCCAUGACGGGGAGCGCGCUCAGUCUGUACCUCGAGGAAACCAAGACCAACGACGACUCCAUGUUUCAGCCCGAGAUCAGUCCCGUCAAGAGGGAGGGGCUCAGCGAGCUCGACGGCAACCUGAACGUGACGCCCGGAGGCGGGGACGCGCCGUCCCGGGGACGGGGGGACGCCUCCGGCAUCUCGUCCCCCAGCGCUCUGGCCCUGCACAAGGUGACGAUGCGGAAGGACGUGGAGAGCCGUGACUUUGGGUUCAGUGUGUCCGACGGGCUCCUGGAGAAAGGUGUUUACGUCAACAUGAUCCGCCCCGAGGGCCCCGCAGACCAGGGGGGGUUGAAACCCUUCGACCGGAUUCUCCAGGUGAACCGGGUCCGGACCCGGGACCUGGACUGUUGUCUCACGGUGCCUCUGAUCAUGGAGGCGGGCCACGUCCUGGACUUGGUCAUUAGCAGGAACCCCCUGGCGGCGCCAGACGACUGCGACGACCACUUGAACUCACUGUUCUGCUUCCCGGAGCACAGGACCAACGGCGUCGCCCUGUGACCCCCCUCCCCCCCCCAGCUCCCCGGGACACACACACACACACACACACUCUGGUUACGUCUGUCAUGGUGACUCUCUGACAGGCCGCCACGCUCACGCAGAGCAUCCUCCCAUAAACGCCCCCGAAGCGACAAAGUGCACACGUGCUGCCGCCGUUUUAGUCACUGUGUUCACAAAGAGGCAGACCCCACCCUCCUGCCUUUGCAGAGCCACAUGUAGGGUUAUAUAAGAAGGAGUCAUAGCUUCUGCCUGAGCCAGGAUGUCAACGCUAACGCCUCAGAGUCCAAUGCUGCGCGCGCACACACACACACACACACACACACAUGCACACUCUGCACAAAUGUGUCCUUUGCUUGAUGCUCAUUUGGCAAAGGACACUUUUUUUUUUUUUUUUUUUUCUUUUUUACACACAAAAUUGGACAUGCAAUUCUUGAUAUGUAUAUGAAACACACGUAUGUACACGCAGGUUGUUGGUGGACUCGAGGUCCAGGGAGCUUUGUGCAUAAUUGCGGUUUUCAGAAUAGGCCGACCUGCUCUCUGCAUUCCUUCACCGCAUACGACCAGGAGCUCUUGUGAAGUCGCCCCCUUUUUAAUAGUUUGUGGUUAAUUGUUCCACAGAGAGUCCGGAUGUAUGUCGCAUUUUCAGGUUUCGUUUUUCACUUUCUGCACGUUUCUUUCUAAAACUCCAUUUGCACAUGUUGCACAAUUGUUUUUGUUUUUUGUCACAGUUCAUAACUCACUUUUUCCUCCCCCCGUUGCACUGUUUUUAUCUGCACGGCAUCUCACGCGGCAUUACACCGGAAUGACUUAUGGUUUGGCAAGUGAAUGCAUCCUGAACCAAACGGGAGGAUUAAAUGCCUUUUUCAAUGUUCACUGGUGAAUGAUGUUGUUUUCGUGUGUCUGGGCCGAUGUUUCUCUCUGGAGUAUUUUCCCCUCCGACGUCACGUAGCAUGCUUAGGGUUUGUCUUCGGAAAGUAGUUCUUCCUUUAUAAUAAAACUGAACCGGGAGUCUUUGUUUUCCUCAUGUGUUUUUAUAAAGCUUUUGUGAGUGAAACCUGUCCUGCUGCCUCUCUGGAAACCAGGAGACGGAUGUGAGACGGUUCCUCUGUGGAGCAGGCUGAUUCAUCCUUGGGGCCAGUAACCUUUUGUCUUAAAUUAAAUGUCAUGUUGGGAAAAGAAGCCUAUUUUAAGGCUUUUUAUAUAUAUAUAUUAAUAUACUGUCUUUAUCUAGCUGUAUCAUGGUAUGCAGUGAUUUUUUUUAAUUUGCAAUAAAAGCACAUUUAGCGUCAUAUCUUUGUAAGUUGUGUGAUACUGAAUGUGGCCGCAAAUAGUUUGGUUCAUUUCCACAUUCUCAGUAAAUGACAGGAUUUUUUUGACUGGAAUCUCAACGAUUUAUUGGAUAUAUUUUAUUUUUGUUAUUUAAUUUAUUAUCAACCAAAAUGUAUUUCUUAUGAGAAUAAAGUUCAUGAAACCAUA